CUUUUUCUAUUAUUAUUAUCCCUCUCCUUGUUGCCUGCCGUUACAAAGUCAUUACACACACACAUACAGAGUCAUUUUUUUGUGCAUCCAUGCCAUAGGUUGGUCUACCUAACCCUCUCUACUAUCUACCAAACCAAGAAUCCAUUACAAGAACUACCCAAAAGGUAAAUCCAAAAAAAAAAACUAGGCAGGAGAAAAAUGGCAAGCUCAUUGGAAGAUGUUCCUACAGAAAGCCUUAUGUCCGAAGUUCUAAGACGUUUGAGAUGUUCUUCUAAGCCUGACAAACGUCUCAUUCUCAUUGGUCCACCGGGAUCCGGAAAGGGUACACAAUCUCCUAUCAUUAAAGAUGAAUAUUGCUUGUGCCAUUUGGCCACGGGUGAUAUGCUCAGAGCUGCUGUUGCUGCUAAAACUCCACUUGGGAUUAAGGCCAAAGAAGCUAUGAACAAAGGUGAGCUUGUGUCUGAUGACUUAGUUGUUGGUAUAAUUGAUGAAGCAAUGAAGAAACCUUCAUGUCAAAAGGGCUUCAUUCUUGAUGGUUUCCCAAGGACAGUGGUUCAAGCAGAAAAGCUAGAUGAGAUGCUUCAGAAGCAGGGGGCCAAGAUUGAUAAGGUGCUCAAUUUUGCAAUUGAUGAUGCAAUCUUGGAAGAGCGGAUCACGGGCCGGUGGAUUCACCCUUCAAGUGGUAGAACUUACCACACCAAAUUCCAGGCCCCAAAAGUUCCUGGUGUCGAUGAUGUCACUGGAGAGCCUUUAAUUCAACGGAAAGAUGAUACUGCUGAGGUUCUCAAAUCAAGGCUAGAUGCAUUUCACCGUCAAACUGAGCCGGUGAUCAAUUAUUAUUCAACCAAGGGUGUUGUUGCAAGCCUUCAUGCUGAAAAACCACCAAAGGAAGUUACAUCUGAGGUUAAGAAUGUGUUAUCUUCUUGAAAAGGGUUAUCUAUCACAAGAAAAUUGAGACAUUGGUUUCUUUAAAUCUGAUGUACUAUCAACAAAACAAAGACACUUCUGAUUUUUUUUGUUUUCUCAUCCGGCUUUCUUGUGCAAGUCCCUGAGGAAUUAUUGUUUGUUUGGGUAUCCAGAUUUUGCUAAUAAUUUUAGAAAUAAAUCCACAUUUGGAAUGA